UAAUUUAUAAAAAUGGAACUUUCGUAACGUCCUUGUAAGAGUCACGUGGUUUUGUUGUGACUGGCUAUGUUAUUCUCUAUUUAGAAUGAAGAGUAGUUAAGGUUAAAUUACGUGGGUUUGUGAAACACGUGUUGUGUACUUUGUGUUCAGUGGUAAAAAAAAUAUUGUUGAAAGUUUAGAAAAUGCCCCAGGGAAAACUAAAAGUAAAAACUAAGGUACCUUCAUCGACGAAGGGAAAAGUUAAAGAGAAAAGUAAAAAAAGUCCUGCCAUUCAACGCAGAAACAACGCACCAAUUCAGCCUAAAAAGAAACAGGUGGAAGAUGCACACAAGUUGAAACAAAUGAUCACCCGAACAGUUAAUAAAGCCAUGGAAGAUGAAUUACGAGAGAAAGCUUUGGAAGGGAAGAAGUCUCUCACAAAGAAGGAGCCUUCUAGUUCAAAGAAAAAAUAAUGAAAUACACUGUUUGUAUGUUAGUAUUAAGGAAAAGACACUUUUCUUUUCGAGAUAAGUAUUAAUGACAGAUAAGAUUAAAGUGUCUAUACAAAAUAAUUUUGUAUUAUA